GAAAAGUGGCUUAAGCUUAUGAAUUGCUGACGUUAGCUGGGGAUUUUCACUGAUUCCAAGAGACACCACACAAAACGACAGCAACACCAACACCAACACCAACAUCAGCCACCCACAGUUGAAAGAAUGCAGUUUGCACAACAGCCACAAAGUAUGCAAUGGAAAAUUGCAUUUCUAAUUAUCGCGUUAGUCGGCGACGUGUCGUGCAUAAGAAAUGCGGACGGAAAUGACGAGCAGAAACACAUUUCCGCAAAGCUCAAAAACUUUUUCCCCUCCGAGCCGCUGCCGGAAGUGAGCCCCAGCCGUCGACAGAAAGCGGAGAUCUCGGCACGGGUGACAAACGGCGGAUUUCGACCCUCGCAAAUGGUGGAGUUUACACCGUCGGAUGUGAUGCAAGGCGAUAUCCAGCACCGUUAUCCACCCAGCUAUCUGGAGCCCGACUACAAAUAUCAAGUGUCCAGCACCUCGGCCAGUCUUCAACAACAACAGUCAGCCUUCGAUAAGCAGUUCUCCUUUCCGGAUGAGACAAACACCUUCCACAGCUAUGGAAGCACACAAAUACCCACAACACCCGUGGUCAGCUAUCUAGAUCCAUAUCGAUACACAGCCACGCCUCCAACGCACAGCUACAUUCAAAAUGAUCAGACGUAUACGGUGCAAUCAUCGCUACUCGUGGGCAGCCAUGCGCCACAGCGACCCCCCCAGGAUGAGGUGUAUCUGAAGCGGCCCGGCUACGUCUUCGACGAGAGUCCAUCGACAUUUUAUCGCCGACCUGCGGCAGCUGCAACAACACCCAGUUCGAAUAAGAUCUCAUACGAUUCACAUGAUUAUCCGCCGCCCAGUUAUGCCUCACAGCACACAUCCAAUUUCAAGCCACAGCAGAGUUUACAGCGACCGAUUUACCAGCGACAGGACAUAAGUGGACAUAGACCACAAUAUGCCACAUCGUCUAAUUAUGCAAACAACUUGGGUAAUUAUUUGCAGCGACCACAGCCAAGUUAUGCCAGCCACUCCAGCCCCAGCUCCAGCUUCAGCUCCAACUCCCAGUCGCCCUCGAGUCCCCCACACUAUCAGUAUGAGCCUCAGCAGCAGCAGCAUCAGCAGCAGCAGCAGCAGCAUCAGCAGCGACCUGGUCACAAUUACUAUGAGUAUCAGAUUGGUGAAAUACCACCCCAAACACAACAACAACAUCAACAGCAACAGUUCAACUAUCGACCAGCUCUACAAGCCACAUAUCGACCACCUUAUCAAUACCAGCAACAUCCCCAGCAGCAAACUCAGCAGCAGCCUUCAUCUGGACUUGGGUCUGGUGGCUUGGCCACUUUGGCUUCGCUCUAUGCGCCACAAUUUACGAAUCUACUCUUGGGUGGUGGCACUGCAUCCACCUCCAGCAGUCCAUUGGGCAGCCUCUUGGGGGCUUUCACAGGCGCACAACAACACACACAACAACACAGCCGGCCGCCCAACACACAGCUCAUUAGAGCCUUGGAGAACAUCGCACGCAACGACGACUUGCAGUGCGUGCCCAAGGUGCUCUGCCAGAUGAUUGCCGGUCAAACGUUACGUGGCCAACUGCCGGGCUUUAUGACGUCUCCAGCAAUAACAAACUUCCUCGCUGGGUUCCCAGUCGCCUCACCUGCUCUGAUUUAUGGACGAGCUGCGCUGCUAGGAAUUAGCGGCGGCGAACGAAGCUGCGUCCAGACCUACGAGAAAUGUCCAAAGAAUGAGAUGGAAAUCAUUCACUAUCUGAACAAUCAUCGCGGCGGUUUCUUUAAGUUCUUCAGCGAACCGGAAGAGCAACCAGCAACUCUGGCACAACAAUCUGGCGAUUCUGGCGGCAGCUCAUUGUUCAGCAUACUCUCAGCGCUGACAGGCGGCGGCCAGGGACUGGGGCUGGGGCAGGGGCAAGGGCAAGUGACGCGUACAACACCACGUCCAGUGGCGCGACCCACGCAAAGACCGAGCACGGACAUCGCGAAUGGCAUUGGCAGUUUCUUUACCCAAGUGCUGUCCGAGUAUUUGAAUGGCGUCGAGUAUCAAAGGAGACGGAGGCGAAGGAGUCUGUUGCCAACGGAAAUUAAACGCAGCAUUCAAACGGAUAAUGGUCGCUUGAUGCCCCUGGAUUUUCACGAUGAAGAAGACGACUUGGAUACGCAGACACCAGUCAGGUUUCAAGAUGAUGACGAGGCGGAGGCAGCCCAGGCACACACCGAACUGAUAGGUGUGCUGCAAUUUCCCGAAGAUGCUGGUGAGGGUCGAAUACUGCACUUCAAGAACAUUGAAAGCGAGGAACACAACAACAACAAUGACAAUGGAGCUGUGCGAUUUCCGGAAGAUCAGAAUGACAGCCAGAGCAAAGUUAUCUAUGAAUUCAAUCGGGUUGCAGCUCAACGUAAAUUGAGAUUUCCCCAGGACCAAGACGAGGCCAAAAGACAACAACUGACUGAGGGAUGGGCAGCUGUGCUGCCAAAUGGAUUAGCCCUCGAGGAUUAUAGCGUGGAAAAGAGGCGUGGCAAGCGUAUUGUGUUCAAGGACACCAAUCAGCACCUCGACGAGUUGAGUGACGAACGUCUCCGAGAAGAGCAAAUAGCUGAAGAAGCAGAUCGAUUGAGGGAAGAACAAUUGAGGGAAGCAUGGCUUAGAGAAGAGCAACAAAGUGUGAGAGAGGAACAAUUAAGGGAGGAGCAAGUCAGAGAGGCAAGAUUGAGAGAAGAGCAACAGGAUCAAAGGGAACAACAUGCACCACUGAAUGCUGUCUAUGAGGAGUCAGCACCACCUCAACGCGGUGCUCGAGUCCUCUUUCCCGAUCACUACGAGAGACACAUACGCCGUGGCAAGAUCCUCAAUCGACCCACCUAUGCACCCACCUACGACUACAAUAAUCGUGCCGAGGAGAAGGAGCAGCGCUUUGUGGUCAGCGACGAGCAUCGACCCAGUUCCUAUUAUCGCCUGGAGGAGACGUCGACAGACUAUCAGACGAGUGCCCAGCACAGUUUUAUGAACUACGGGGAGUACAUGCCAGGGAAUACUGUGCGAUUCUCCGAUUCGAAUGACACGCCCACCUACAAUCCACAUUACAAUCCCCAUUACAACUAUCCCAAUGCAAACUACAUUAGCGAUAACCGAUAUAGCAGCGCCUAUCAGACGACCUCGACGAGGAGACCCAAGCACGAGGAUGAUAAGAAUAUAUAUGUGAACAACUCAAAGGGCGUGACGGAGUAUUAUAUUAAACCCGAUGGACGCAAAGUGUAUCUGGGUAGUGGAUGAAUUUUCUAGGGUAUAUCUAGCAUAUAUAUAUUUAUAUAUAUACACUACUAACUAUUAACAGUCGCCAGGCAGU